UAGAACACGUAUUCAGUAUUAACAUUUCCUACGUCCGUGGUACUAACCGUCAAGUUUCGGCACUUCACAGUACUUCGUACAGAGGGUGGAAAUGUUGCUUACCGUGGUAUCUCAAUAGAAAUAUUUUUUAUGGUGAUUUUUGACUCACCACGGAAAGUUAAGAGUAAUAUAAAUCUUGUGUCUUGACGGCACGGUUUAACACACGAGUUGACUAUUUCAAUACUUGCAUUUCAUUAUCGGUACCGUGCCGCGAUAUAAACAAUAAUUCGGCCGGCUGUGGACAUUUUUACCCAUUACCAUGGCUAGCGUUUCGUAUCAAAUAGCAAAUUUGCUGGAAAAGAUGACAUCCAGCGACAAGGAUUUUAGAUUUAUGGCAACGAACGAUCUAAUGACUGAAUUACAAAAAGAUAGUAUAAAACUUGAUGAUGAAUCAGAACGAAAAGUUGUCAAAAUGCUUCUCAGAUUGUUGGAGGAUAAAAAUGGAGAAGUGCAAAAUCUUGCCGUUAAAUGUUUGGGUCCUUUGGUCAACAAAGUGAAGGAAUAUCAAGUGGAGACAAUUGUCGACGCUCUCUGUGCCAAUAUGUUAUCUGAUAAAGAACAACUCAGGGAUAUAUCGAGUAUAGGUUUAAAAACCGUUAUUUCGGAGCUGCCGUUAGGAUCAAAUGCACUCGCAGCUAAUGUUUGCAAGAGGAUCACAGGUCGCCUUAGUAGUGCUAUUGAAAAGCAAGAAGAUGUACCUGUACAACUCGAGGCUCUUGACAUCCUUGCAGACUUGUUAUCUCGAUUCGGAGCUCUCCUGCUAACUUUUCAUCCGACAAUUUUAGCAGCUCUGUUACCACAGCUGUCUUCUCCACGACAGGCUGUAAGAAAGCGCACUAUUGUAGCUCUCAGUCACCUCGUCACAUCGAGCAACAAUCAUUUGUAUAACAAACUUUUGGACCAUCUUUUGGAUGGACUCACGUCUCAAAAAGUUAAGAAUGUUAUUCGAACUUACAUACAAUGCAUUGCCUCGAUCUGCCGUCAAGCAGGCCACAGAUUUGGAGAACAAAUCGAAAGAGUGAUGCCAUUUAUUGUACAGUACAGUAACGAGGAUGACGAUGAACUAAGAGAGUACUGUCUCCAAGCAUUCGAAUCUUUUGUAUAUCGCUGUCCAAACGAGAUUACUCCACACAUAAACAAGAUCAUCGAGAUUUGUUUGUCUUAUAUAACAUACGAUCCAAAUUAUAAUUAUGAUGAUGAUCUGGGUGAACAAUCGGAUGGAGAUUGGGUAGUUAUGGAAACUGAGGAGGAUGGUGAAGAAGACGGAGAAGAUGAGUACUCAGAUGAUGAUGAUAUGAGCUGGAAAGUACGCAGAGCGGCAGCAAAGUGUCUUGAGGCUGUUGUUUCGACCAGGCGUGAAUUGCUCCCUGAAUUAUACAAAGUUGUUUCCCCAGCACUUAUCACCAGAUUCAAGGAGCGAGAAGAAAAUGUCAAGUCUGACAUCUUUCAUGCGUACAUUGCAUUAUUGAAGCAAACAAAGCCAACAACGGGUUUAGCACUUGAUCCUGAUUCUAUGGAAGAGGAAGAAGGGCCGCUUUCACUGCUUCAACAGCAGGUGCCACUGAUAGUUAAAGCGGUUCACCGACAGAUGAAAGAGAAAAGCAUUAAAACUCGACAAGAUUGUUUUUCCUUACUCAAAGAACUUGUACUGGUCUUGCCUGGCGCUCUGACGAAUCAUAUCCCUGCACUUAUUCCUGGUAUACAAUACUCUCUUGGCGAUAAAAAUUCUUCGUCAAACAUGAAAAUUGACACUUUAGCAUUUAUUCAUACUCUGCUGGUAACUCACCACGCUGAAGUUUUUCAUACUCACAUGGCAGUUUUGGCACCACCUAUAAUAGCAGCUGUAAGCGACUCUUUCUACAAAAUUACAGCUGAAGCUUUGCUGGUAUUGCAGCAAUUGGUGCAGGUCAUCAGGCCCCAUGGUAAGCCAUGCAAUCCUGAGUUUGCAGCAAUUUCUCAUGAGUUAUAUCUCUCUACACUGAUUCGACUUAAAACAUCAGAUAUAGACCAAGAAGUGAAAGAGCGCGCCAUAGCAUGUAUGGGGCAAAUUGUAGCACACCUCGGCGAUUUUCUUCAUCAUGAAUUGCCUGUGUGCUUGCCCAUUUUUCUCGAUAGACUGCGCAAUGAGAUUACACGUCUUACAACAGUCAAAGCACUAACUUGUGUUGCUGCAUCACCACUGAGAGUAGACCUGAAACCAAUUAUUGAGGAAGCAAUCCCAAUUCUUGGUUCAUUCUUGAGGAAAAACCAGCGAGCGCUAAAGUUGUGCUCCUUAUCUCUUCUGGAUACCUUAGUACGUAAUUAUAGCGCCGCCAUGCAUACGGACCUCCUGGACAAGGUUACAGCUGAAUUGCCUCCCUUGCUAAACGAAGCUGAUCUGCACAUAGCGCAAUUGACACUUACUCUCCUGACUUCCAUUGCUAAGCUGCAUCCUGUUGCUCUGACAAGGGUGUCAGAUAAUAUACUUCCAGAAAUACUUGGAUUGGUUAAAUCUCCGCUUCUCCAAGGUGCGGCGUUAAAUUCCUUGUUGGAAUUCUUCCAAGCUCUGGUUCAGGCACGUAUCCCGGGUUUAGGCUACAGAGAACUUUUGUCAAUGCUCAUAGCGCUGGUUAGCCAACCUCAGACUUCAGUGCUGCACAAGCAAGCAUAUCAUUCUCUGGCAAAGUGUGCCGCAGCCCUGACCAUCACAUGGCAUCAGGAGGCUCAAGGAGUUGUUGAACAAUUUUUAAAAGAUGUUCAAAAUCCACACAGUGACUCGCAACACAUCUUUGCAUUGCUGGUCAUUGGAGAAAUAGGCAGACAUGUAGACCUGAGCAGAAUCAGUUCGCUCAAGCACGUGAUACUGAAUUCAUUCUCAUCGCAUUCUGAAGAAGUCAAAUCAGCUGCUAGUUACACAUUAGGCAACAUAGCUAUCGGGAAUCUUCCAGAAUAUCUUCCGUUUAUCCUCCAAGAGAUUGAGGCGCAACCCAAGCGUCAGUAUCUCCUGUUGCACUCCUUGAAAGAGAUCAUCACAAGUCAGUCUGCGAGCCCGUCUGGUGUAUCUCACCUCCAAAAUUUUGUGCCAUCGAUCUGGUUGCUGCUCUAUAGGCAUUGCGAGUGUACAGAGGAAGGAACUCGCAAUGUGGUAGCCGAAUGUCUUGGAAAACUCACUCUUAUUGACCCUGCCACUUUGUUACCGAGAUUACAGGAAUCUUUGAAAUCGUUAUCAGCUUUAAUGCGUACUACGACAGUCACUGCUGUUAAAUUUACCAUUUCGGAUCAGCCUCAGCAGAUCGACCCGAUGCUGAAGCAAUGCAUGGGACAUUUCUUGGUUGCGUUGGAAGAUCCAGACUUGAAUGUUCGAAGAGUAGCUCUCGUAGCUUUCAAUUCUGCAGCUCACAACAAGCCUAGUCUGAUUCGUGAUCUUCUUGAAAUGGUACUGCCCCAGCUUUAUGCUGAAACAAAAAUCAAAAAAGAGUUGAUAAGACAAGUUGAGAUGGGGCCUUUCAAGCACACUGUAGAUGACGGCUUAGAUUUGCGGAAGGCAGCAUUUGAAUGCAUGUACACACUGCUCGAUUCGUGUCUAGAUCGACUUGACGUCUUUGAAUUCUUGAAUCACGUUGAAAAUGGUCUGAGAGAUCACUAUGACAUCAAGAUGCUGACGUAUCUCAUGACUGCACGGCUCGCUCAGCUGUGCCCCACUGCUGUCUUACAGAGGCUAGAAAGAUUAGUUGAACCCUUGAAAAGUACCUGCACUAUGAAGGUGAAAGCUAACUCUGUGAAGCAGGAGUACGAAAAACAGGACGAAUUGAAGCGAUCUGCAUUGAGAGCAGUUGCUGCGCUGUACACAAUACCCGAUGCUGAAAAGAAUCCCUCUCUGAGUGAAUUUGUGGGUCAGAUAAAGGCAAAUGCAGAACUGCAGCCACUAUUUGAAGUGAUACAAAAGGACUGUACAGGAAGUACCAUGAGCGAAACUAAUAUUAUGGAUCAAAGCUAAAGAUUAAUGAUUUAAUUUUUGUAACUUAUAGACACCGUCGGUUAAGUACUUGUGGUAAUAUUAUUCAUAGUUUAUUUCUACAUGCUAUAUUUUCAAUUAUUUCAAAUUUAACAUAGUUUUUGAAAAAAUGUGAUUUCCUGUAGUGCGUUGUGUAUAAACUUAAAAAUAAAUUUACCCUACGGUAAGCAUUUUCUCAU